UGGCUCCGAGCGGGGCGGCCGCGCGCCCGCGCGAGCCGCUCCGGAGGGCGCGGGCCCGAUGGCAACUUCGCGGUCGCGGCGGGUGCUUUUCGUCGGCGACAGCUUCCUGACCUACUGCAACGACCUUGAUGUGCAGGUGGCCGCGCUGGCGGCCGCAGCCGGCAUCGAGGGCGUGGAGGUGGAGCGCGAGGUGCAAGGCGGCGCGCCGCUCAAGGCGCUGUGGCACGACACCGAGGCCAGGCAGCGCAUCGCAGCUGGGCGGUACGACAUCGUUGUCUUGCAGGAGGACUUGCCAGAGACCGACCUCGCGACCUUCAGGGAGUAUGCCCGACGUUUCGCGGGGGCCUGCGCCGAGGCUGGGGCCGGCAUGGUCCUCUUGGCCGCGUGGGGCUACCGCCGCCUAGGCUGGAUCUCCACGGAGGAGAUCGCGCAGGUGGGCAUGGCUUGGAAGCGGGCGCAGUCCGGCAGGGCGGUCAGGCUCCUGUCCAAGGACCGGGCGGCCGCUCUCUCGACCUGGCCCCCCUCCGACAUCUGGCCGCGGCGGUCGUCUUCGCCGCCCUCUGGGACCGCAGCCCAGAGGGGCUCGCCUGCACCGCGGGCGGCCUCGUGAGCCCCGGGGACGCGGCGUUCCUGCAGACGG